AUGCCGUGCCUCGUGUCGCGUCCGCUGGCGACGCUGCUCCGGACCACUACGCGCCGCCACGCGUCCAACCUGCCCGUGCCCAAGGAGAGGCCGGACGCACUGUGCGCCCUACCGACGGCGUCCUGCAGCCUAGAGGCCCACGCCCAUCGAGCCGACCCGGAGCCCAAGCGGUUCUGCCUCGAGCGGACGCAGCUCCCCGAGGCGGACCCCGAGGUCGUGGUGCUCGGCGCGGGGCUGGCCGGACUGAGCGCGGCGGCGCACCUGGUGCAGCAGGGUGUCGGCAAGGUCACCGUGCUGGAAGCCCGCGACCGGCCCGGUGGCCGCAUCCAGUCCUCGUUCCUCGGGGACGCCGUCAUCGAGCUCGGGGCGCCCUGGAGGACCUACAGGCACGUGGCCGACAACCAGGUGGUCCGACGCGCCGUGCUCGAUGGCUUCCUGCCCGGCACCUUCACUGCGCGGCCCGCGGCCGCCGUGACUUCUCCACUGAGGGCGGGCGCCGGCCUUUACCCGUGUAAUCCUAUGCGGGCCGACGCCGCCCGGACCCUGUUCGUGGACGAGAAGGGCAUGCCGGUGGCCAGCGCGGUGGCGAUGCGCGCCUACGACCUGGCCAGGGUCAUCGAAGAGGACGCGCUGGCCCUGUCGAGCUCCGGGCAGGCGGACGAACUUGUUGGACACCGCGCACGCCUGGAGCUGCAGAGGGUCUCCGCCGAGCACCGCGACGUCACGGCCAGGAUCAUCGUGGGGCUGCUGAGCGCGCGCCGCCUGCGGUCGCCGCGCGACAGGAGCUUCCUCGUGCACGACCACGUGUGCGCCCACGUGGAGCUCCCGGGCGCGGACUUCCGGGUGCCCCUUGGCCACGUGGCCACCCUGGAGCCGCUGCUGCGGACACUGGGCCCCGCGCGCGUGCGCUACAACAAGACCGUACAGACGGUGCGCUGGGGGCUGGUGCCCGGACAGAAGGCCCUCGUCACCUGCGAGGACGGCGAGGAGCACCGCGCCGACCACAUCGUCGUGGCCCUGCCCCUGGGCGUCCUCAAGCACACGCACUCCGCCAUGUUCCUGCCCGGCCUGCCUUGCAACAAGGUGAGCGCGCUUGAGAAGCUCGAGGUGCAGGCAUACAACCGCGUGUUCCUGGACUACGAGAAGCCCUUCUGGACGUGGCUGGAGGGCGUGCGACUGGAGCGGACCCCACCAGAGGGCGCUGCAGGCGCGGCGGGCCAGGACCAGUGGCUGCGUGGUGUCACCCGCCUGCGCGCCGUGCAGGGCUCCAGCCACGUCCUCAAGCUGGACGUGCAGGGCGAAUCGGCCCUCGCCUUCGAGCACCUCAGCGACGCGCAGGUCGUCGAGGAUGUCACCCGCUACCUGCGCCAGUGCUCCGGCCAGCACGACUUCCCCUACCCGACGCACAUGGUGCGGUCCAGGUGGAGCUGCGACCCCCUGGCGUGCGGCGCCACCACGCAGUACCCGCGCGGCGAGGACGGCACGCAGCUCUCGCGCACGCUGGCCGAGCCUGUGCACGGCGUCAUCUUCUUCGCCGGGGAGGCGACUAACCACAG